AUGUCUGGAUUCAUCUGUCUGGGAAAGUCGAAACCUGAACUUCAAAUCGCCUUCGCCGCGUUGUACGUCUUUUUGAACGUACUGUACUGGUUUUGUUCAGCAUUGGAUCCAACAAAAUGGCAUUGGUGGCACGAUUACCAAGUAGUCACUUUGGAAUGGAAGCACAGCGACUCUCAGGACCCCUCUUUCGACGUUGUUCUGGAGGCAACUAUGUUCGCAGCGACCCUUCCGAACGACGAUGGCAAUCAAGCUGAGGCCCAAAGGCCCCUCACAAGGUGGCAUUCGUCUUUUGCUGCUUUUCUCACCAGGCGCGUUACGGCGGAACGUGGCCUGUCACCGCCAGAAGUCGAACCAAAUAUACAGACGCACUGUGGACCGCAAUUGCACUCGUCUGUCACUCUAGAUGGGUGCAACACGCCCGUGUGGCGCCGGAUAGCGGACCUUGGAAGCAAUGGAUCGAAGAAGCUGGCAACAUCGCCGCAGCUUGGCAAGUGUAUGACAAGCUGUUACAGGAUCAAGUCACCGAAGCAAGGCAUGAAUCCCAAGAUGCGCUCACUACAAUGA